AUGAUCUCAUCUAAAGAGCUAAAAGACUGGGCGAAGAGAUCACUCGAGACUAGACCGCGCUCGUCUAUAUCGGAGCAGCGAUUAGCUCAGGAACGACUGCAGCAGAAACGCGCCCGCUUUGGGAGAGUUUAUCCAAUCGGACGCGAUGCUAGUAAGAUUGAUGAAGAGGGUGAUGAAGAAGAAAAAGGCACCGGCGUGACCUGCUUCUUAUACAAGGACGGAAUUCCUCAUAGCGACAGAACUUCUGGACAUAUACAAACUCUAGCAAGUCGAUAUCCGCACUCAAAGUUCGUGUCAAUUGUGGGCAACAAAUGCAUUGCAGACCUCCCAGAUUCUCGAAUUCCCAUGUUGAUUAUAUAUCGCAAAGGGGAAAUACGAAAUCAACUUAUUGCAUGGGGCGCUGAUCGCGAAAGGCAACUUGAAGAACUCGAGGCCCUUCUGAUUUUAUGUGGCGCCCUCGAUCUUCCCCACGGCCCACUCGGCGAACGACGAGCGCCCGAUGGCGACGACUCAGAGGAAGAAGACGAUGAUACGUCUUCUCGCAUGCGGUCUGCUGCCACAAGUACGAAUGCUCGGGCACCCAAAAAUAUACGGGCGCAAAGCAAGAAAGACGACUCAGACUCGGAAUUUGAAUUUGACAUCUAGUUUGCAGCUGUGUCAGAAUUUCAGAAGUACCAAAACGUACCCCCCUUUUGUUUCGUGCUGUGAUUUUUCUGGCCGAUCUGCCUUCCGUUGGUACGAACCUGCACUUUUUAAGAUGUACGAGAGUUUCCUUAUGUACCGAGCCCCAGAUGUACUCACUCCACUUGGGGCAUUGCGAAAAAGGAUAAUACUUUGAAGGUUAGCGAACAACCCGAGCAGAGGGAUGUCUACAAGGUAACAUUGAAACUUGCCGUUGGCCUCGGUUGACCUGCAUGAUUCCUUUUCGAUAUAUGAUCUUGAAUUCCGCUCGGGAGCACAAUCGUAAUGUGGAAAAUCAUCAACAUUUCGUGGCACUGCCAAAUUGGUUGGCAGAGCGUUUGCAGGGUUUUGCCCACAACAUUAGGCCACCUGGCGUGUAAAUCGUUGGAAAUGGGUAGUUUCUAACCAGACCUUCCGGGACCACCGAUCAGGUUCUUCCGUGGUUGGUGACUGUGUUGUGUUUA